AUGGAAAUACAGCUCGCGGCGGCAGCAGUGCGCGCGCUUGAAGCGGCGCUCAAGCGGAAGCUUGAGGGGGAGGCGGUCGGGGAAUUCAACGUCGACGCUGCGGCGGAAGCUUCCGCGCUCCUGAAGCGCGCGCGCGGCAACUCCGAGGGAGGCGCGGCCACGCAGAGCGGUAGACCGGAGGCUGGCGCAGCAGGACGCGCCGACGGUUUUGCCGAUCGCGGGGACGCUAAUAACGCGGACGCUCAUCGCUCAGAAAGUUCCAAGAGACCAGCUGUGGGCGGCAGCCGGCCGGCCGCGCGAGGCGGCGCCGAUGACGUCAUGCCGACGCGAUCUGAGCUGGAGGCGAUUUGGCAGUUAGUGCACUCGGGGUACUUCGCGGGCGGCGGGGAGGGGGAGCUGCGCGAGGGGCAGGGCGCGCACGAAGCGGCGGAUUUAGCGGGCGCUUCGGGAAGCAGAGGAGACGGGUCGUUGCCACGUGCCGUGGGAACGUCUGAGGUGGCAGCGCGAGAGGGAAGGGCGAUUCGGAAGGCGUGGGAGGAGUCUCUCUCCGCGCAAGGCGGGGCGGGCGGAGGCGCGGGGGAGCGAGGCGGAAGGGGGGAUGACUUUGGGGGCGGCGGGGGGCAGCAGUCGUCGAAGAAAGGGCAGAACCUGGGCCCCCAGGCCAUGGCCGCGCGGAAGCGGCGCGAGAGAGAGGAUGCACGCAUGCAGGUGCUGCAUGCUCGCACCGCUACUCCCUCAUGCACCCGCGCUUCCUUCUCUCCUUCGCAGAUGCGGCGGGAGAGGGUCAACGCACAUGCGGCGGGAGCGGGUGAACGCACGCAUGCGGGUGCUGCAGGGGCUGGUGCCGGGGGCAGCCACGAUGACGACCGAGAGCUUCCUGCUGGAGGCCGGUCGCCAAUGCGGCGGGAGCGGGUGAAUGCACGCAUGCAGGUGCUGCAGGGGCUGGUGCCGGGGGCGGCAACGAUGACAACGGAGAGCUUCCUGCUGGAGGCCGUCCUCAGUGCUCCCCACACGCACUUCCAUACCCCCACACCCACUCCCCCCCCCUCAGAUGCGGCGGGAGCGGGUCAACGCACGUAUGAGGGUGCUGCAGGGGCUGGUGCCGGGUGCAGCCACGAUGACUACAGAGAGCUUCCUGCUGGAGGCGGUUCACUACGUGCGCUUCCUGCUGCAGCAGGUCAUGGUGCGUUGACUGCUGAUUCGCCUCCCCCCCCCAGCCCGGUGUGUCCCCUGCUGGUCUGUGGCAUUGUAAGCAAGGCUGUGUGGCAUCGACUCGACUCCCCUUCCUGCUGGAGGCGGUUCACUACGGCUGUGUGGCAUGGUGCGUUGAGUGCUGCUCCGCCCCCUCCUGGUGCGUUCCUUCCUGCUGCUUCCUCCCCCGCCCUCCACCUUGCCCGCUUUAGUCGCUUCCUGCUGCAGCAGCUCAUGGUGCGUCGAGUGCUGCUCCGAGUGCAGGGCGCUUCCUGGCAUCAGUGGUCUUUGUUCGUCCCUCCCUGCGCUCACCCAGCCACACUCGCUCCAUCGUUCUUGUCAUCCCUCACUGCCCGCCAUGCGCCCGCCAUGCCCCCUCCAUGCGCCAUGCCUUCAACACUCCCCCCAUGCCCCCGUGCUGCCGUUUGUUCUUCCUCUCCCCCUGCCUGCAUCCUGCCUACUCUCAUCUCUGCAGCGCUCACUGUCAGGGCGGCAGGUGAAUCUGGAGACACGCCAGCCACUGAUUCCCGUGCCGCAGCUGCAGCUUCGGCUGGGAGCAAAACCACACCCGAAGCCGCUUCGUCAGAGUCACCAUCAGCCUCGGGAGUGCCGGUCCUCACCAUAGUAGCCGGCGUCUUUGUCUUUGCCCUCGUGAUCUUCGCGCUUUUCUCGCUCGCCAGUGCCAUUUUGGGCAUCUUCUUGCGCUGA